AUGGAUCGGGGGACUCUUCGGGAGGCGAGAGACCCCACCGCGGUCCUGAUAAAGCGCAUCAGUGCCCUGGGGACCCUAGCCGGGCGGCCAGGGGAUUGGUGGUGCCCGAAGUGCUGCGACCUCCAGUUCGCCAAGAACGCGGAGUGCCGAAACUGCGGCGCGCCCAGGGUCGACAGCAGUCCUGGGGAGAUCCCAGAUCCCGAAGUGUGGCUGCAGGGUCACGACGUGGAGGAAGACGUGAAGGCCAAGUUCCUGGGGCUGAGCGCCGCGCAGCAGAAGGCAAUCAUCUCGAGGGGCUCGCUGCGGGGCGCCAACAACCCUACGGCCGUGCUACAAACUCGCAUCAGCAACGCCCUUGGCGACGGCUGGAGCGACGGCGGCAAGGGCGGCGGCAAGGAUCCGUGGAGCGCCUGGGGCAGCUGGGAUCCUUGGGGCGGCUAUGGUGGAAAGGGCAAGGGCGGCAAAGGCUGGGACAUGUGGGGCGGCUGGGGCGGCGGCUGGGGCGGCGGCUGGGGCGGCGGCUGGGGCGGUGGCUGGGGCGGCAAGGGCGGCGGCGACUGGGGCUACGGCCCGAGCAUCAGCGAGAUCUUCAGGGCUGGCUUCCAGAAGGGGUGGAGCGGCGACCCCUACGGAGGCGGCAGCAAGGGCAAGGGCAAGGGCAAGAAGUAA